AUGUUGGCAUCAAGUUCGACCUCCGUGGCUGAGACCAGUGAACACAAAACUAAGAAGCAGAGGAAAGUCAACUGGACGAAGGAAGAGGACGAACAGCUCCUUGCGUUGGUUCAAGAUGUGGAAAUUAUUGAUUGGGAUAUGGUAGCAAUUCCAAACCGGACGAAAAAGCAGUGCAAAGAGCAUUUCGUCAACUGUCUAUCUGAAAAGGUGUCGCAUAAACCCUGGAGCAUUGAAGAAGAUAAUAUGAUUUACUCGUUACAAAAAGAACAUGGCAACAAAUGGACACUUUUUAGCCAACACUUUAUUGGGCGAACACCAAACUCACUCAAAAACAGGUUUUACUCACAUGUAAACAAAGCGCCUCGAAAAGAAGAGGAUGGCGACGUACAAACGAAAAUGGCCGAACUCAGAAGCGCACUUAAGUCGAAAUUCACAAAGGAUUUCCAAAAAUCGCCUCCAUCAGCUUUUAUACCAAUCAAAGACAAUUCCUUUGAGGUUCUGUAA